AAUUGCGAAAUUUGGUUGUUGGUGUCCGAGAGCGGCGAGAAGUCGUAGCGCGGGAAGCAGCGCAAGAAGGAAACUCUGACAGGGAACAGGUUGGGAGGUGCUUUGUACACCACAAAACUUGAAAAAUAAGAAGGAACGUGUGAGGUUACUGUAUUCCAGUCAAUACCUGGUAGAGUCGCGGUAAGAAGGCUGCAUUUCCGACUUGUCGAAAAUGAAAGACGAAAUGUCUCUUCUUGAAUAUGGAGAGGCUACAAUGGAAGUCAAGAGCUGCAUGGUUCCCUGUAAGCUGAAGCUCAGUGAACAAGGCAUUGCCUUCCGAAACCUCAAGACUGGUAAAGCCGAGACUCUCGCUCCAUCUGACAUUGCUGUUGUAAACUGGCAGAGGCUGUCAAGUGGCUAUGGCAUCAGAAUUUUCACAAGUAAUGGAAAUCUUCAUAGAUUUGGAGGUUUCAAAGAUUCAGAACAGUCACGUCUGGAGAAGUUUUUCAAGAACACCCUGAACAAAACAAUGACUGAGAAAGAAUUUAGUGUCAAAGGUUGGAAUUAUGGAGCAGCCAAAUUUGAAGGAUCUGUUUUAUCAUUUGAAGUCAGCAACUUGACAUCAUUUGAAAUUCCUUUACAUAAUGUGUCUAGCUGCACCACUGGCAAGAACGAAGUUACCUUAGAGUUCCAUCAGCCUGAUGAAGCACCAACCAACCUGAUGGAGAUGAGAUUCCAUAUACCCACUAGUGAACUGGCAGGAGAAGAUCCUGUUGAGGCGUUCCAGCAGAAAGUAUCUGAGAAAGCUUCCAUACUCACCGCUACUGGCGAGUCACUUGUUACCUUCCAAGAACUGCAUUGUCUCACUCCUCGUGGUCGUUACGACAUCAAAUGCUACCCAACCUUCUUGCAACUGCAUGGCAAAUCCUUCAACUUCAACAUACCUGUGGAGUCAGUGUUGCGGCUUUUCUUACUGCCUCACAUGGACGGUCGACAUCAUUUCUUUGUUGUGUCAUUGGAUCCUCCAAUCAAGCAAGGGCAGACCCGCUACCCUUACCUCAUCAUGAUGUUUUCUGGGGACGACGAGGACGAAAUAGAGCUCCCUUUGUCUGAGGAGGAAUUGAAGGAAAAGUUUGACGGCCGGCUGGAGAAGGAGAUGAAGGGUCCACAGUUUGAGCUCGUGAGUCGUCUCUUCAAGGGCCUCUGUGGCAGGAAGAUCGUCACUCCUGGAUCCUUCUUGGGGCAUUCAGGGAACCCAUGCGUAGGGUGCUCAUAUAAGGCGGCAGCAGGCCACCUGUACCCCCUAGAGCGAGGCUUCUUCUACUGCUACAAGCCACCCAUACACAUCCGCUUCGAGGAGAUCACGUCUGUCAACUUCGCGCGCUCCGGCUCCACAACGCGCUCAUUUGAUUUUGAGGUCGAAGUUAAAAACUCCGGAACACACACGUUCAGCAGCAUAGAAAAGGGCGAGUAUGACAGACUUUUUGAUUACGUCAAAAGUAAAAACCUACGAAUCAAGAACCGAGGCAAAAUGGAUGGAGCACGUCACGGCGACGACGAUUACCUCAACUCGGACGAUGAGCCCGACCAUUACAUGAACCGUGUGAAGGCGGACGCUGCCAAAUACGGUGACGAUGACGACGACGAUGAGGACGAGGAGAGCACAGACGAGGACUUCGCGCCUGGCGAGGAAGGCAGCGACGUGGCUGAAGAGUUUGACAGCGAUGCGCCCGACUCCAGCGAUGAUGGCUCAAAUGCUUCCGGUGGUGAAGAUGGAGAGAAAAAAGAAAAAAAGCCGAAGAAAGCAAAAACUGUGAGCGAAAAGCCGCGCAAGAAGCGCCAAAAGAAGGACCGCGACGACAACAAGCCUAAGCGCCCUCAGUCAGCGUACUUCUUGUGGCUCAACGCUCACCGCGAGGAAAUAAAACGCAAGAAUCCUGGCAUUUCCAUCACGGAUUUGUCGAAGAAAGCUGGCGAAAUGUGGAGGGAGCUUAGCGAUAAGAAAGAGUGGGAGGAGAAGGCUGCUGAAGCGAAAUCGGACUACGACGAAGCCAUGAAAGAGUACAAGGCAUCGGGAGGUGGCAAGAGCAGUGGUGGCUCUGACAAGAAAUCUAAACGAAACGUCAGCUCUAGUAGUUCUCCUAGCAAGGCCGGCAGUGGCGGAGGCUUCAAGUCCAAGGAAUACAUAGAGUCGGAAGAAAGCUCUGAUUCUGGAGAAGACGAAGCAAAAAGUAAGAAGAAGACGAAAAAAUCGAGUGAAGUCAAAAAGGAAUCUGAGGCUGAAGAAGAGUCAUCCAAUGCCAGUGAUGAGGACAUGUCGGAAUAAGUUUAUCUAUCUGUUCACAGGCUACAGUUUUAGCCGGAGCUAGUUGUUGCCAGCUAGUUGUUGAAUAGUUGUAUACCAGUUGCCUGUGAGGAUGCCUUUUCGAGAAACUAUAUAAAGAUUCAUUCCGACCCUUGUGGCUUUUACAGUUAUUGGAGCCGUUUUCUUUCUAGUAAAAUAUGAUUCUGACUUUGAAGUAUAUUGCUUUAGUUGUGCGAGGCAUUUAUUUUAAUUUUUACUUCAAUCAUCACAAUAUUCUGAAAAGAAGCUCGGAUUUGUUUGUAAUCUCUUUUCUUCAAGAAAAGGCUUGUGUGGUUUAUGAGAGCUAUGCAGUCAUAUCCCAUUGUACGUAUUUCGGAAUCUCCAUCAAUCUUUCAAACUUAUUUUUACUUCGUUGCUUGAAUUAUGGAAAGCCUCUUGUUUGGUGCCACAUCCGCAGUAAUAGUUGAAGCCUCGAUACUUUUUUCCAUUUUUUUAAUUUGUUUUGUGUCCUAGUUUGAAGGAGGCAUUGUGACCAUAAAUGGUAGUAAAUCUCUUUAAUGAUAA